AGAGAAUGGUGCGCCGUAUUAAAGUGGAAGAAUCGGGGGAACAGUUGGAUAACUCCGCUGAACUGGACGGACCUGACGAACCCCUGCCCUCCCUUCAAACUCUUCAACACGCUGAUCUACCGGACUUACAAUACUCAGAUACUACCCUAAGGCUAUCCGCUUUACCAGAGUGGUGGCCAGUGGCACAAAACCCAGACCGACCUUUCCUUGUAUCCAAAGAGUUAAAAGUCGGUUCAAAGAGCGUAUGAUACCAGUACCAGUGGUUAGUUCGAAUCAGUUCUCCCUAAAGAAGUUAGAAAAUGAGUUGGGAGGUCUUACACUUCAUCAGGCAGCGCGCGAAGGGAGGGUGGAUGCAGUUAAGUUGUACCUGAAGAGCGCAUACUACAACAAGCGGCACAGGGGUGCUAUACCACCCAUAGACAGGUUGGAUAGUGAUGAGGUAGGAGCCCUUCACUAUGCUGCUAGAUACAACCACCAGGCGGUCAUGCAGCUUCUCGUCGACUUCAACGCUAAUGUGAACAACCCUGCCCAGGACGAUCUAACACCCCUUCACUACGCUGCACGGUACACUCCUAAAGGUACCGCUGAGAUGGAGACUGGUUUGACUGAGGAGAUUGUCCCGCUUCCUCCCACCAAGAAGAUAGAUGUGAUAAAAUGCUCUAUUAACAAGAAGGUUCAGAAUGUUUUUAAGGGCAAGCCAAAAAAGACAACGUCGCUAAGUGACGGACUUUUAGCAGCCACCCUUACUUUUGAUGAAGAGGAAGAAGGCGAAGGUGAAGAAGAUGAAAUCGAUGAUGAAAAAGAUGUAGAAGAAGUAGAAGAAGACGAAGAACUAGCAACCGAGGACACGCAAGCAACUCGACUUCUCAGCGAGAUACUAGCAGAAGACUUUGGAUCCCCUCCUAUACAGUUUCUGCUGGAUCAGGGAGCUAAUGUUAACGCUAAGGAUAAGUACGGUCUUACCGCCCUGCAUUGUGCAGCAGACAGAGGCAACUACGCUGCUGUAGUUGAGUUGUUAAAGCAUCCUAGCAUCAUCAUCGAGUGUCAAGAUAAGCAAGGAGAGACCCCUCUCCAGCUAGCAGUCCGAGCUAAUUCUAUGCCGUGUGUAAGAAAACUUCUCAGUGUUGGAGCUAAAGCUAAUUGUGAGAAUUUCAACCAGCUGAGCGCGCUACACAGUGCCUGUACGGAGAGCAACUUGGAGAUCCUCAAGAUGUUGUGUGAGAGGUUGGAGGCCGAGGGAGUGAAGGACUUAGUGAACAAGACUAACGAUGAGUCGAUGACACCACUUCACUUUGCUGUAGAAGUCGGAGCUGAAGAUGUCGUUAACUUCCUUGUUGAUUACGGAGCUGAUGUAACGCUAAAAAGGAAGAACCUGGAUACACCUCUCCACCUGGCAGCUAACCACGGUUUUGUAGAGAUAGCCAGAAAACUGGCGAGUAAACAGUCCAAUAUCGACCUGGACGCAAAGAACCUGGAGAGAAUGACCCCACUUCACAGUGCUGCUAGGAUGGACAGAGAGAAAAUGAUGCACCUUCUUAUUGAGAGGGGAGCAAAUCUAGAAGCACUUGAUAAAGACGGAUCAACCCCUCUGAUCACGGCAGCUGGUUGGGGACAGAUGGCAGCAGUGAAGAUACUUCUGGAAUCAGGAGCUGAUGUCUACGCGCAAGAUAAACGAGAUAAAACAGCAAUAUUCCACGCGGUGGAGGAGAGUAGACCUAAGGUACUGAAGUUAUUGUUGGGCAGAAGAGGGAAACAGAACCUGGGGAACGAGAUUGACAAGUUCCAGAACACCCCGCUACAUUUAGCUUCUCAACUUGGCUUCCUCUCUUGUGUCAGAGUCCUUCUUGAGUUCGGCUUCUGUAGUGAUGCCCAGAAUGAAGAUGACAUGUGUCCGCUCCACCUUGCUGCACUACACGGACGAAUCCAGUGCGUCAAGGAGCUUGUCAAGUGGGAUCCAGCAAUUGUGAACGACGAGGACGAGAUUGCAAACACCCCUCUCCAUUACGCUGCUCAAGCUGGACACGUUAAAACUGUCAUCUUUCUUACUGAGGAAGCCGCUGAUGUAGACGCCAAAAAUCAGUUUGGCUGGACUCCAAUGGAUUGUGCAGCAGCGUGUGGCAUGACAAAGACCCUUGCUGCUCUCCUUGACGCAGGAGGUGAAGUUGACCCCAUCGACAAAGCAAAAACCACCCCUCUUCAUCUAGCUGCAAAGAACGGUCACGUGGACACGGUAGAGUUUCUUCUUGAUAACGAAGCUAACAUCAGACUCACUGAUGUUGAUGGGAACAACGCUCUGGAGUUGGCGACCAUGCAUACCAAGAAGGAGGUUGCGGAGACUAUUAUCGAGCACAAGAAAUGGUUCGCGUCGAUGGAUAACCGACACCCAAACGGUGACACCCCCAUGAAGAAGCUGAUCCGGAUGAUGCCUGACGUGGCAAUGCAAGUGUUCAACAAGUGUACUGAUGACAGUUGUAAUCCUGAGCACAUGACUAAUGAUCACAAAGAGUACCAGGUGGAGUUUGAUUACAGAUACUUAGAUGAAAUAGAAGAGGACGAUGAAUCCGCAGAAUUUGAGGACAGCAAGAGUCUUAUGUCAGAUACGACUAUUCUUCCAGACCAGCACAUCACUCACGACCAGAUGAAGCCUCAUCCUCUACAAGUCAUGGUGAAAGCUAAACGGAUUGAACUUCUUGACCAUCCGCUGGUUCAGUCUCUGAUCUAUAACAAAUGGGAGUGCUACGGGAAAUGGUUCUACUACUUCAACCUCACUGUUUACCUCAUCUACCUCGCUUCUCUCACCAUCUUUGCCUUGAACCAGAAACCACCCUAUAAUGCUGCUAACCCUGAUAACAUGACCAAAUUAAAAAAUGUUUUAGAUUGCGACGAUUCUGAAAAGGAGAGAGAAUCAAAUGGAGAAAUUAACUGUGUGACUUUAAAAUUUCAUAAGCAGUGGUUGAUCCAGAUAUUUGGUUUUAUAGUUCUGGGCACCUCAGCUAUUCGUCUGCUUCUGGAACUAGCUCAAUUCAUCGUUCAGAAGAUCAAAUACUUUUCUGUCAUGAAUGUUAUCGAAAUCAUACUGUUCGUUUCCUCCUUUUAUUUCUGUCACACAGUGAUAUUUGGACUGCGGAUCAUCGAAAGUGAGGCUCAGUGGCAAAUUGGUGUUUUCUCCGUUUUCAUCGCAUGGAUGAAUCUCAUAAUGUUUCUCAGAAAGUUCCCUAAAAUAGGAAUCUACAUAGUGAUGUUCGUGACUGUUCUGUUAACAUUCUUACAAAUCAUGAUAAUUCUUCUCAUAUUUAUUGUCGCCUUCGCGCUCUCCUUCAACAUGGUGCUGGACAAGUUCGACGCAUUUACCGAAGUGCUGCCUUCAAUAAUGAAGACAUUUGUUAUGAUGACCGGAGAGCUGGAGUAUGACGGUUACUAUGUUGACGUGCCCCUCUAUUACCCGGAAGCGAGCUACGCUCUCUUUAUUUGCUUCGUCAUUGUCGUCCCUAUCGUAUUCAUGAACCUAUUGGUCGGUUUAGCUGUAGAUGAUAUCAAAGAAGUGCAGCACAGAGCUGGUUUGGAGAGAAGUGUCAUGAAGAUUGAGCUCAUAUUUCAGGUAGAAAACCUUCUCCCACAGUUCUACCUCCGCAAGAUUAACCUAAAGAAAGCAAAAUAUUUUGUUAAUCAAGGUCGGAAAUUCCUCGGGGGUCUAUGUUGUGGAAUCACUAUCAAAGAUAUACCUUUUAACGGUGAAACCAUAAACGAAGCUCUUCAUCCAAACAAGACCGGUGUAGACGAAUUAAAGUCCACCACGGAGUCGCUUGAGAAGAGUGUUAGGAGGAUGAGAGUGCAAGUUGAUCAGCUAACCCAGCAAAACGGCCACAUAAUCAGGAUGUUGCACGUGCUCUCAGCUGGAACCAGCUCUACUGCUAGUGACGAUAUAAACGUGGACCAGGACCUUUACACUGAGAUCGGAUCCAGACCGAUGACAAGCAAGUCUCUGGACACAACCGCUCAAACUCUUGUUGCAGAGCACAAAGUAUUUGAUAGGUGGAACAGACAAUCGCAAACACACCAUUAACCAACUAAUUCUGCGAUCUGGUUGAAAUGCAAUAUUAUGAUUAUGAAGGUGCAGAAUUAUUAAUAAUAAUAUUAUGUCCUAGCCAUUCUCGUGUGUCACAUUAAACAUCAACGAUGAUAACUACAAAUGAAAACAUUUAUCCGGGACGGCGUGACUGUUAUGCUGGUGAUAAUUCACCGUCACGUGGACUGUUACUGGUAUUAUAUUAGUUAUAUUAGUGACAGUGUUACUGUAAGUGUAGUGUUACCUGGUACACCCGGCACACCAGUCCCUGUGCGCGGCGCUCUUUUCAAGCUUCUUAUAAAUAGUCGACGGAUCAACAUUUGUUUGCCUUUAAUUUUUGCAAAUAAUUAAGGUGAGAAUUCUGCCCAAAUGUAAUUUGUUAGACACAUUUUGAGAACCUAAAUUAUAAAUUAUAAAUAUUUACCUGGUUUAAUACCCAAAAAGACAGUCUUGAGUCUGCCAACCAUCCAGAGCCAGCACAAGGAGACCAUCCAAAACAGUAGCGAUAUUGCAGCAGUACCAGAGGGAAAGAAAGGGAAUUGUAUGUGGGAUCAUCUAUCAGGUAGUUUUGCUGGAACAGCACACCGGUAAUUACACCAACUAUCAGGAGAAUUAGACCACCUGCUUCUGUGUGCAGGAAAAAAGUUAAUUGGGUUGAACAUGUGCCUAUUUAACUUCAAGCAUUCAACAGAGCUCAUGUGACCAACUUAGCUGCCUAUUUUAGCUAUUUUGAAAGAAACUUACUGGCUCUUUUAUGGUUAAGGUAAACGAAGCAGGCCAACAAACCGACGACACUCUGUAUUGUAAAUAGAGCUGCAGUGUUAAUGAAACAAUCCUGGUCCGGACAGGCGAAGUGAGAAUAAGAUAGGGACCACGUGGCGGUCACGAUUAGUAAACCUCUUGAUGCUGCAGAGAAGUUAGGAAAAUGAGUGGUGUAUUUUAAGAAAAGAAGAUUGAUACAUGUUAUUUAUGAUUUAUUAAACUCUGAAAAUUGAAGUCUACUGAGAUCGAGACAGAGAAUGUAAAUGAAUUUAUUAAAAUGCUUAGUGUACAAAACAUCAUAGAUUAAAAUUUAAAUAUCUGGUGGUAGAACUAGAAUAAUAGCACCAAUAAAGAACUCACCGCAAGUAGAAGCACAGAUGCUUGGUGCUUGGACCACUUAACACAGCUUUUACCAGAGCGUAUGUGUUGAGACACAUAGCAAAGAUGAUUGCUGCCGAGGAAAGGUAGACAGGCGGGAAACCAGUCACACUGAACUUUAUCUCAGCUAGGUAUUGGUAAACUACCGCGAUAGCUCCUGCGACUGAAAUUUAGUAUUUCAAUUUCAUAUGUUUAUAAUUACUGGGCGGCGCUCAGCCUGCCAUUCCACCGCAGCUUCAAUGUUUACGACCAUUAUUAGCCUGGGUACCCACUCCCCGGCCAGGUAAGUUUAUCAAAGCACAAAAUCGCGUAAAGAAGCACCCUCUAACUAAACACUCUUUGUUUAAAAAUAAUUUAAAAGCAAUUGGGAUUUUAUUUGAUUUAUAGUACUAUACAGAAAAGACUGGUUACCAAGGCACUGCCGACUGGAUUGAAGUAUUGGUUCCAUUAGGACUAAGUAGUGAGUACUGACAACUGAUUAGUGAGUACUGACAACUGAUUAGUGAGUACUGACAACUGAGUACUUGAUGUAAUGCAAACGAGUUUAAAAUUAAAUUUAAAAGAGCCUAGAUAGCUGAAUAAAACAUAAGACAAUAGAUAAGAUAAGGACAUUUAAAAGGUUAGUUACGAUGAUGCGUAACCAUUUUGUAUAUUUCUUGCUGAUUCUGUUUUUAAAACUUAUUAUUAACCACUCAUUUAAUUUUUGAAAAUCUGUCAGACAUGAUUAGUUAUAGUAAUAGUAACAUAUGGCAAUUUUAUGUAUCAGUAUUUCUUGGUUUUUUGGUAUUUCUUGGUAUUUCUUGG